ACCACAUUCUCAAAAGUCCGCCCCAAGCUACGUAAAGUCUUGCGACGUACGUGCAAUCCCAUACUAAUGCUUGGUUUCAAUUAAACCCCUCUUGCGUAGUCGAUUUAAAUGCCGCUUCCACACCAGAUGGACACCUGUGUAUGGACGAUAUUAAGGCCCAUAUUCGUUAUCGCCAGAUUGAAACGGACUUGAAAUAAAGCUUAGAAAGGCUGCAAGUCGUUGUCGCGCUUUAAUUCGGGUAUCGAGUAGAAAGAAAUAUAUUAGAAAUCGUUUCCGCCACAUAACGAAACGAAAGAUCAUGCCACGAAUCCCAGAUCUACCCGCCGCUGAACGGCGAAAAGGCGAGUCCGCUCUCAGCGACUUUGCCGACUACGUCCAGAAGCAGCAGGCCAAUCGGCGUCCAUUCAUUUCGAAUAGCAAACAAGCUGCGGUCAUCGAAGAGCACGAUGAACUGGACAUACUUGACACGCUCGGGCUGGCCGAAGAGUCUCGCGCAAUUCGUCUAAACCACGUUCUUCUCGAUACAAACGUGGAGACAAAGAACGCGAGUGUAAACAAGCUCAAAGAUUACAUCAAGAGUCGCUUGGCUGAUGAGCAUGGUGAGUUUUUGUUCGAUCUGGGGCUUGAGGACAAUGGCGAUAGCAUGGGGUUUGAUCUCCAACAGUGGAGCCUUGCUCUUGACAGGGUUGGCAAGGUGUGUGGCGACUUGGGUGCAGAUAUCAAAGUACUUAUGACAAGAAAUGUGGGCACUAAAGGCAAAGACGAAGUUGAGGUUGGGCCGAAAGAUGAAAAGGACACCGCAUGCUCCGGCAAGUUGAUUGUACGCUCACGACCACAAACUGUAAACGAUGUGAUCGAGACGCGCAUCGCAGUGGUUGGAAAUGUUGAUGCUGGCAAGUCUACCAUGCUUGGUGUGCUCGUCAAGGGCGAUCUCGAUGAUGGUCGCGGCAAGGCGCGAGUCAAUCUGUUCAGACACAAACAUGAAAUUGAAAGUGGACGAACUAGUUCUGUUGGCAUGGAGAUUAUGGGCUUCGACUCCAAGGGGGACGUCAUUACAUCAAAUGUCCAUGGUCGAAAGCUGACUUGGGAGGAGAUCGGUCAACGUUCCGCCAAAGUAAUCUCCUUCACUGACUUGGCUGGCCACGAGCGAUAUCUUCGUACAACUGUUUUCGGCUUGCUUAGCUCUGAGCCAAAUUAUGCUUUGCUCAUGGUCGCUGCCAACAAUGGUCUCGUAGGCAUGUCUAAGGAACAUCUUGGAAUUGCGCUCGCCUUGAAUGUGCCCGUCAUGGUCGUCAUCACGAAAAUCGACAUCUGUCCACCUAACAUCCUUGAGCAGACCGUCACACAGCUGACAAAGAUUUUAAAGUCGCCUGGUGCUAAGAAGAUUCCUGUUUUUAUCAAGAACCGCCAGGACUGCGUGAACACAGCAAGUCAGUUCGUGUCGAGCCGAAUUUGCCCUGUCUUUCAGGUGUCCAAUGUGACAGGCGAAUGUCUUGAUCUGGUCCGUACGUUUCUAAAUAUCCUUCCUCAUCACGGAAACUACAACACAGAUGCUCCGUUCGAAUUCCAUGUCAACGACACCUUCUCCGUGCCCUUCGUUGGCACGGUCGUCUCGGGCAUCGUAAAGUCUGGUGUCAUUCACGAAGGUGAUACCGUUUUGAUUGGACCCGAUUCACUUGGCCAGUUCCUCACAACAAAAAUACGUUCGAUUGAGCGCAAGCGCAUUCGAGUGCCAGCGUCGGCCGCUGGUCAAUCCGCUUCCUUCGCCCUUCGUGGAGUUAAAAGAAAAGACGUCCGCAAAGGCAUGGUCGUUGUCCACAAGCCGGACGAGGGCAAAGCGGGUAACGAAGGUGGCAACAAAACCACGGUGCAGCCAAAAGUGCACAGAGAAUUCGUGGCCGAAGUACUCAUUCUAUCCCAUGCGACGACGAUAAAAACUAAGUACCAGGCCAUGCUUCAUGUGGGACCGGUAUCCCAAACGUGCAGCAUCAUUGACAUUGAUCGCGCGUACAUACGAACCGGUGACAGAGCUACGGUUGCUUUCAGGUUUGUCCAGCGACCCGAGUUCCUCGCCGUAGGAGAUCGUAUCCUUUUCCGAGAAGGGCGGACCAAAGGACUGGGGAUUGUCAAGUCAUUAGGAUACGAUCCCGCCAAGCCGUUGAAUCCAGAAGUAGCCAAGAUGAGAGAGAAUGAGCGGAAUGGUGCGUUCGGCAAGGAGAAGUCAUAGGCGACGCCUUUUUUUUU